UGAUCUGUUCUGAAUUCCUGUCAUGUGCAGGCAGCAAUGACUUUUGUAAUCCCCUUUUCACAGGAUAUGAGAAGAGCAGCUUUGCAGGUAGAGCUCCCCAACUGAGUACCAUGUGAAGGUCUGACAGAGCCCCUUGAUUCGUGGGACAGGAGAGACGUCCCUCUUUCAGUCCAGAAGGGGAAAAUUCUUUGAACGUUUUUGUCUGCUUCAGUAGGCUCUUAAAGUAUCGUCUUUACCUGAACCACAGGGGCACGUGCCUGAGCCAGUUUGCCCACUGUGGGGAAAGGAAGUCUCAGGAGGCAUUCCGCGCGCCAUGGAGAAACCGUGGAAGUGUGGGGAUUGCGGGAAAGGGUUCCGCUCCCCCUCCGUGCUGGAGAUCCACCGCCGUGUCCACACUGGGGAGAGGCCGUUCAGCUGCUCGGUGUGCGGGAAGGGCUUCACCCAGCUGUCUAUCCUGCUGACCCACCAGCAUUUCCACACCGGGGAGCGGUCCUUCACCUGCCCCGUCUGCGGCAAGUUCUUCACCCAGUCGUCCACCCUGCUGACCCACCAGCGGGUCCACACCAGGGAGCGGACCUUCACCUGCUCCGUCUGCGGCAAGGGCUUCACCGACUCCUCCCACCUGCUGACCCACCAGCGGGUCCACACCGGGGAGAGGCCGUUCAGCUGCUCGGUCUGUGGCAAGAGCUUUACCCAGUCGUCCAACCUGCUGCGGCACCAGCGGCUCCACACCGGGGAGCGGCCCUUCACCUGCUCCGUCUGCGGCAAGGGCUUCACCGACUCCUCCCACCUGCUGACCCACCAGCGGGUCCACACCGGGGAGAGUCCGUUCAGCUGCUCGGUCUGCGGCAAGAGCUUUACCCAGUCGUCGAACCUGCUGCAGCACCAGCAGGUCCACACCGGAGAGUGGCCCUUCACCUGCUCCGUCUGCGGCAAGGGCUUCGCCCGCUCGUCCGACCUGCUAACCCACCAGCGGGUCCACACCGGGGAGCGGCCGUUCAGCUGCUCCGUCUGCGGCAAGGGCUUCGCCCGCUCGUCCGACCUGCUAACCCACCAGCGGGUCCACACCAGGGAGCGGCCGUUCAGCUGCUCGGUCUGCGGCAAGAGCUUCACCCGCUCGUCCACCCUGCUGCAGCACCAGCGGCUUCACACCGGGGAGCGGCCCUUCACCUGCUCCGUCUGCGGCAAGAGCUUCUCUCACUUGUCCAACCUGCUGACCCACCAGCGGCUCCACACCAGGGAGCGGCCCUUCACCUGCUCUGUCUGCGGCAAGGGCUUCACCCGCUCGUCCGACCUGCUAACCCACCAGCGGCUCCACACCGGGGAGCGGCCGUUCAGCUGCUCGGUCUGCGGCAAGAGCUUCACCCGCUCGUCCACCCUGCUGCAGCACCAGCGGCUUCACACUGGGGAGCGGCCCUUCACCUGCUCCGUCUGCGGCAAGAGCUUCUCUCGCUCGUCCAACCUGCUGACCCACCGCCGGGUCCACACUAGGGAGCGGCCCUUCACCUGCUCCGUCUGCGGCAAGGGCUUCACCCGCUCGUCCGACCUGCUAACCCACCAGCAGGUCCACACCGGGGAGCGGCCCUUCACCUGCUCCGUCUGCGGCAAGGGCUUCACCCACUCGUCCAACCUGCUGACCCACCAGCAGGUCCACACCAGGGAGCGGCCCUUCACCUGCUCCGUCUGCGGCAAGGGCUUCACCCGCUCGUCCGACCUGCUAACCCACCAGCGGGUCCACACCGGGGAGAGGCCGUUCAGCUGCUCGGUCUGCGGCAAGAGCUUUACCCAGUCGUCCAACCUGCUGCGGCACCAGCGGCUUCACACCGGGGAGCGGCCCUUCACCUGCCCCAAACCAUGGAAGUGUGGUGACUGUGGGAAAGGCUUCCGUGCUCCGUCUGCCCUGGAGAUUCAUCGGCGCAGUCACACCGGAGAGAGGCCAUUCUUCUGCCCUGAGUGCAGGAAGGCCUUCAGCAAUUCCUCCGCCCUGCAGGCCCACCAGCAGGUCCACACAGGGGAGAGGCCAUUCCCCUGCACUGAGUGUGGGAAGAUCUUUAGCAAUUCCUCCAUCCUGCUGAAGCACCGGCGGGUCCACACGGGGGAGAGGCCCUUCAGCUGCCCUGAGUGCGGGAAGGCCUUUACACAGGCGUCCAUCCUGCUGACCCACCGGCGGAUCCACACUGGGGAGAGGCCAUUCUCCUGCCCCGAGUGUGGGAAGGGAUUCAGUCAGGUGGGCAACUUGCGUACGCACCAGAGGGUCCACACCGGGGAGAAGCCCUUCAGCUGCCCCGAAUGUGGGAAGGCCUUCACCUAUUCCUCCGACCUGCUGAAGCAUCAGCGCGUCCACACCAGGGAGAGGCCCUUCAGUUGCCCCGAGUGCGGGAAAGGCUUCAGCGAUUCCUCCGACCUGCUGAAGCACCAGCGGGUCCACACGGGGCAGAAGCCCUUCAGCUGCCCCGAGUGCGGGAAGGCCUUCAGCGAUUCCUCUGCCCUGGUGAAGCAUCGGCGAGUGCACACGGGGGAAAGGCCCUUCGGCUGCCCCGAGUGCGGGAAAAGCUUUGCCCGGUCCUCCAACCUGCUGACCCACCGGUGGAUCCACACGGGGGAGAGGCCCUUCAGUUGCCUCGAAUGCGGGAAAUGCUUCACCCGCUCUUCCCACCUCCGGAGCCACCAGCGAGUUCACAUGCCAUCGCAGGGGGAUUGAAGGAGUGACGGCCGAGUGCCAUUAUUGACUGGACUAUCAACCCAGUUCCAGGGAUUCCGGAUUCAAUUCCCACCGCGACAGAUGGUGGAAUUGGAAUUUGGUCAGAAAUCUGGAGUUCAGAAUCUAACGGUGAAACCAUUUUAGGGGUGUGGGGGUGGAGAAACCCCCAUCUGAUUCACUCAGUCGUCCCAGCUGCAUCCUUUACCCGGUCUGGCCUGUAUGUGACUCCAGGCCCACAGCAGUGUGGCUUAUUCCCCCCGCCCCCCGCCCCCCCAAAAGCCCCUGGCAAAUGGGCGAGGAGAAACUUACUUGGACACAGGGUAUGGGUUGAAAUUGCUGAGUGAGGCAAUACUUCCUCCGGGUUAUGGUUGUAAUGAGGAUCCAAUUACAAAGAGACAAUUUCGUGCUGGCCAAUAUUAAAGAAAGGGGAGGCAGGGGUCUGUGUGCACUUUGAUCUUGAGGUGUUUUGUUUUUUAAAAAUCUGCUUUGCUUUCUCUGCCUUUUUGCUGGAGAGAAUCUGAAGCUGUAACAAAGUUGGGUCACAAUAAAGGGUUACCUGAACUUA